AUGAUUGGGGCUGAGCCACACAAGACGGAAGGAGUUAUACUCAAUAAAAAUCACUUUGAGACAUUUGUGCGCGACUUAUUGUUAGUGAAGCAAUACAGAGUAGAAGUCUAUGUCAAUCAAGGCUCUGCCAAGAAUCAAAAUUGGAUCCUAGAGUAUAAAGGAUCUCCGGGAAAUUUAUCUCAUUUCGAAGAUAUUUUAUUCGGUAACAAUGACAUAGCCGUGGGUGUAUCUGUAAUAGCAGUGAAACUGGGCACUGAAGGAAAAUCCAGAGUUGUCGGUUUAAGCUGUGUGGAUGUGGUUUCAACGUUAAUUUCAGUUGCUGAGUUCCAAGAUAAUGAAUCAUUUUCGAAUCUAGAGUCACUCGUUGUAACUCUUGCACCAAAAGAAUGUUUAUUAAUUCAAGGGGAAGGCAGUUAUGAAUUUCAAAAUCUUAAACAAAUGAUGGAAAGAAGCAACGUGUUGGUGACUUUAAGAAAAAAAAGUGAAUUUUCCAGUGAUUCAGUCAUAGAAGACUUAAAUACAUUGAUAAAAUUCAAAAAAGGGCAAAAGCAAAAUGCUCAAUCUCUACCCGAAGUUAACUUAAAUAUAGCUAUGUCUGCUACAUCCGCUCUCAUCAAGUAUUUAGAUUUGACAUCAGAUGAAGGCCAUAUGAAUCAGUUUGCCCUAAAGCAAGUGGAACAGUCGCGAUAUUUAAGAUUGGAUUCUGCAGCGAUAAAAGCUCUUAACAUUGAGCCGCGUGUCGAUUCAGCCUCGAAUUUACAUGGGAAUCCCGUUGCCAGUAUUCUAACACUACUAGAUAAAUGUAGAACUGCACAGGGUCAUAGAUUGAUCGCACAAUGGGUUCGUCAACCUCUUAGAGACUUAUCUCUAAUAAAGGAACGGCAUGACAUCGUUGAAUUAUUAGUGAAAAACAAUGAAUUGAGAUCUGCUCUUUGCGAGGAUUAUCUGAGACGUAUACCCGAUUUGCAACAACUUGCAAAAAAGCUGGCAAGGAAGAAAUCAGCGCUGCAAGAUUGUUAUAAAAUCUACCUGUGUGUAUCGUACUUGCCAAAAUUAUUGGAACAACUUGCACCAGAAGCGAAUUUGGCUGCUUUGAAAGCAAUAAUAAUAGAUCCUUUGAAAGAAUUGAUCGAGGAUAUGGAUAAAUUUCAACAGCUAGUAGAACAGACAAUCGAUUUAGAUGCCGCUGAGAAGGGAGACUUCAUGAUUAACUCAGGAUUUACAGACGAUUUCAAAGCUCUGAAAGAUACCAUGGAUGAAAUGGAGGAAAUUAUACAACAGCAGCUCAGUAAAGUAGCGGAUGAUCUCCUCUUGGAAGCAGGAAAAGCGAUAAAAUUAGAAUCUAACCAACAAUUCGGCUAUUAUUUCCGUAUCACAUUGAAGGAAGAGAAAGUACUUAGGAAUAAGAAACAUUACAACAUUUUGGACUCUAACAAAACCGGAGUGAGAUUUCGAAAUAGCAAACUAAGUGAAUUGAACGAUGAUUUUAUAGCUGCUAGAAAUAAAUACAUGGACAAACAGAAAGAUGUCAUUGCGGAAAUUAUGGGAAUUGCAGCCGGUUAUAGUGAGACAGUGCGUGCUAUUGGUAGCGUAUUGGCAUGCCUCGAUGUUCUUACUGCAUUUGCCUCUGCUGCAGUAAGCGCUAACAAGGUGUAUGUACGUCCUGAUAUGGUACCAAGUGAAGAAGGUGAACUGAAUCUCGUUCAAAUCAGACAUCCGUGCCUGGAAAUGCAACAAGGAAUAGACUACAUUGCCAAUGAUGUCAAUUUUAAGCGAGAUCAGUGUCAUUUUCGCAUCAUAACUGGACCAAAUAUGGGAGGUAAAAGUACUUACAUUAGAUCUGUUGGUGUAACUGCACUAAUGGCUCACAUUGGUAGUUUUGUUCCUUGUGAUAAGGCAACUAUAUCGUUACUGGACUGUAUAUUGGCUCGAGUGGGAGCUGAUGAUUCUCAGUUGAAAGGAUUGUCGACUUUCAUGAUGGAGAUGAUAGAAACUGCUGCCAUUUUAAAAACGGCAACAUGUAACUCUCUCGUAAUAAUCGAUGAAUUGGGUAGAGGAACAUCAACGUAUGAAGGUUGUGGUAUAGCAUGGUCAAUAGCAGAACACUUAGCAAAGGAUAUUAAAUCAUAUUGUCUGUUUGCUACACACUUCCACGAAAUUACCAAGUUAGCUGAAGAAAUAUCUACUGUAAAAAAUGAACAUGUUACUGCUCUUGUCGAGAACAAUAAGCUGACAUUACUUUAUAAAGUAAAAUCAGGAAUUUGCGAUCAAAGUUUUGGUUUGCACGUCGCAAAAAUGGCUAAUUUUCCACAAGAUGUGAUAGAGUUUGCCAAAAGAAAACAAGCAGAACUUGAAGAUUAUGAAGGCGUAGUUUUUGAAGGAUCUGAUAAUCCUCAAAAGAAGCGAAAAAUUAUUCAGGAAGCUGAAACAUUAAUCUCACAAUUUCUCACAAAAUGCGAUUCUUUAGAUCAAUCUUUAUCUGAUACCGAUUUACAAAAACAGGUAUCAUUACUGAAAGAAGAUGUUCUUUCUCAUAAGAAUUCGUAUAUCGAAGCAUUACUCACCCCUUCUUAA